AUGUCGUCAUUGGUCACCAUCUUACCUGUCAUUCAACAACAGAUCGUACGUUACCUUUAUUCCCUGUACUUUGUCUUCGGUGUUACCGGAUGUUGUCUCAAUAUUUUUCUUUUUACUCAACAAAAAUUUCGCACAAUAUCCUGCUGUACAUAUUUCUUGGCGGCAUCCGUAGCAAUGAUACUGAAUCUUGGUUUAGGAAUGAGCUCAACUAUGUACGCAUUAGAUCAUCCGGAUCCACUUAUCACAAACGUGACCUUUUGCAAGCUACGUAUUUAUCUCAAUCAAUUCGUUGCUUUAACAUACCGCUGGUCACUCACUGCCGCUUGUUUUGAUCGUUAUUUGCUUUCCUCGACAAAUAUACGUUUGCGGCAAUUCGCAAGAAUUUAUGUAGCACGUCGUGUCGUAGGAAUAAUUGUGCUUAUUUGGUUGAUUUUGCCAGUUCAUGCACUCGUACUGUAUAAUCUAAGUGCAGGUAUCUGUGGUAUUUUAAAUAACAUUGCUGGAUCACUUUAUCAUAGUAUUUUCACAACUAUGGCGUCUUGUAUUCUUCCAUCUUCGAUUAUGUUCAUUUGUGUCUUCCGUAUUCGUCAUAAUCUUGCUGAGAAAGAACGUCGUCGUCAACCCAUUAGCCAUUUGCAAACAGCUAGAAGCAUAUUACAACAUUCUAAUCGUAAACGAGAUCGACAAGUGUUAGCCAUGCUCUUCGCCCAAGUGCUUAUGUACUUCAUUACAGUGGUACCCUUAAUGAUUAUCUAUAUAUAUACUGCUGUAACCAUCAAUCUCUCGAAUAAAUCAAUUGAACGUCUAGCUAUCGAACGCUUUUCCGGAUUCAUAGCUGAAGUCAUCAUUCUGCUAUUUCCAGCUAUUUCAUUCUAUUUGUACACACUAUCAUCACGAACUUUUCGUAAAGAAUUAAUGCGCCUAUUGCGUUCAUUGCUUUUAUGCAACUGGCACAAUGAUACGCAUCGCAUUCAGCCUACAACGAAUAAUAACACAGGAAGACAAGUCAUUGGGCGCUUGCCGACAGCAGUUCAUAUUCCACUUCAAACAACAUUGCAACGUGAUAAUGAACUCGCAAAUAGUACAGAAAUAGAGAAUUGA